AUGGAGACGCUGUCGUUCGAAGCAGCAGUCGAGCGGCAGCCCUCUUUGUACAGUGCAAGGGCAGAGCAAAGCCAGACGAGGUGCAGACAGUUAGCUGCUGAAUUCUUCAAGGACGGCGUGAAAAGGGCACGGGAGCGGCACACAAGGCAAGAACUCCUAAACAAGAAACUGGACCUCGCUGCAAACUCGCCGAGUUACUCAAAAAGCCAGACGCAGCAGCUAUGGUCGAAUGCUGGCAAGCUGGAAGCACAAUAUCUUCGCUUUCUCCGUACGCCGAACCGACCAGAUGAUUAUGACACGAUCAAGUUGAUCGGAAGGGGAGCCUUUGGAGAGGUGAGGUUGGUGCGACGCAAACAAACAGGCAAAGUAUUUGCGCUCAAAUCACUGCUAAAGAGCCAAACCAUCGCCCAACUCCAAGCGGCAAGAGUACGCGCAGAGAGGGAUAUACUCGCCGAAUCCGACAGCCCCUGGGUAGUGAAGUUGUACACGACGUUCCAGGACUCCAACUUUUUGUAUAUGCUGAUGGAGUUCCUACCUGGCGGCGAUUUGAUGACUAUGCUCAUCAAAUACCAAGUAUUCAGCGAAGAUAUUACCCGGUUUUAUAUGGCCGAGGUGAUCGAGGCCAUCGAGGCGGUGCACCGUCUCGGCUUCAUCCAUCGCGACAUCAAGCCAGACAACAUACUUCUUGAUCGCCAUGGCCACAUCAAGCUCACGGAUUUUGGACUGUCAACGGGCUUUCGCAAGCUACACGAUACCAACUACUACCAGCGACUGCUAAAAGCUCCCGAAUUGCCAAAACCUAGCGAGCAUCGCCACCGGGACUCUGUCAACAUUGAUCAGAUCAACAUGACUGUUAGCAACAGAGACCAGAUCAACGAGUGGAGGCGGUCACGCCGCACCAUGGCGUUUUCGGCCGUAGGAACGCCGGAUUAUAUAGCGCCAGAGCUCGUAAUGGGCUUGGGAUAUUCCUUCUCGAUCGACUGGUGGUCUCUCGGCGCCAUUAUGUACGAAUGCUUGAUUGGUUGGGCCCCUUUUUGCUCCGAAGAUGCUACAGACGCCUACCGCAAGAUUGUAAACUGGAGGGACUUCUUGUACUUCCCAGAGGAUUUCCAACUGACAUACAACGCCGAGAAUCUCAUUAGAAGACUCCUCCGCCUUCUGGCAGGCAAGCGCCUCUCCCCACGCGGCGCCAUCACCGUGGGCGGCGUGGACCCCUUCUCCGAGGGCCUCGAGGGCGUGACGUACCUGGGGCUGGAGUGGGUGCUGAACCCGAUCGUGCGCACCGACAUUGGGGUCGACGAGCUGCUGCGGUCGGUCGGCGGGGACGCAUACCCCGCGCGGCGCGACGAGCUGGUCGAGGUGCUGGACAUCGACACGUCGUGGCGCAUGCACGCCGUGUCGGACGGCGAGCGGCGGCGCGUGCAGCUGGCCAUGGGCCUCGUGCGGCCGUGGACGGUGCUGCUGCUCGACGAGAUCACGGUCGACCUCGACGUGCUGUCGCGCUCGGGCUUCCUCGACUGGCUCAAGCGCGAGACCGAGUCCCGCGACGCCACCGUCGUCUACGCCACCCACAUCCUCGACAACCUGCACGCCUGGCCCACCCACCUGGUGCACAUGCACCUCGGCACCGUCAAGGAGUGGGGUCCCGCCGCCGACUUUCUCGAGGCCCAGGGCGCCUCCAAGGACGGCAACAGCCAGCUCGGCCACCUGGUCUUGGGCUGGCUGAGGGAGGACCUCAAGGACCGCGGCCCCAGGAGCCAGCAUAGGAGGGGCCCCGAGGGCAAGUCGUAUGGCGCCGGCGGCAUCGAGCUCGGCGGAUACGGAUACGAGCCCAAGGCGCCGCCCAAGGGACAGUAA